AUGACGGAGUCCAGCGCGUCGACUGCUGCUGCUGCCUCUGCCUCUGCCUCGUCGUCCAAGAUUCCUCACCCAGACUCGACCGCCACCCCUUUACCCAUUCCCGGUCCCGGCGACAGUGGCAGCGACGCCGACCCCGACGUCCCUCGCCCAUCAGCCGAUGACCCAAGGCCAUCGAGGUCUCCUCUCCGUCCCUCCCCCAUCGUAACUGAGAACCUCAACAACAAUACGCCAGCCGCCGCCCAAGAUGACGAUGCCUUGUCAUCAGCAGACUCUCCCUUGUCCGCCCUGUCAACGCCGCCUGAGUCGCCAACCGAUGACUUCUUCUCGUCCUCUACGCCUGCGCCCGCGACCAAUGGGCAUGUCAACGGUCAUCUCGGGAAUGGGCUGACCAAUGGUCACGCCCGCGCGCCAGAGACGCCAGAGGAUGACAGACCAGCGAAGCGACGCAGAGUCCGCGACUCGACACCUCCCCCGCCCGGGUCCAAGACGCGUAAGAUUGUCGAGUCGCCGCCCUGGAAAAAGUUCGAGGCCGACGGUCCAACAACAAUCAUCGAAGGUGGCAAGCGGAAAUCCGGUCGCCUUAAUACGGUCCCACUGGAACAGCUGAAUAGUGACAAGAGGAUUACAAGAAAGUCAUACUCCCAGCAUAGUCCACCGUCUAAGAACAGGCACGGCAUCACCAAUGGCCAGGCUGCAUCGAAUCAGGCUGCCCGACUGCGCGCUGCCUCGGCUAGCAAAUCUCUGACAUCCAGAUCCAGCGCGGCCGCAAAGCCUGCGGCGCGAAAGUCGCUAGGUCACGAGUCGAGGUCUACCCCUAGGACACGCAGACCCUCACCACCCCCUACGCAGCCAAGCCGGUCAUCAACACGGACGCGCCGACCGUCGAGAAGCGGCUGGGACAGCCUGGACAAUGACCUCUCUGCUGCCCAGCCUACGAGAACGACGCCACGGAUCAAGCUUCGAGUUAACCGGCUCCCUCUCACCGAACUGCCACUCGUACAUCCCGGGCGUGUCAAGAAGAGGAGGGUUGCUUCGAACCUCGAGGAAUACUUCAACACUGCCGAUGACAUACCUGUAAUGGAUGGUGGACAGUUGGUGCCUGAUGAUGAGCCCAUAUUCACAGACGAACUGGCCGUGGCCGAGGCCAAAACCAUUGUGCGUAUUGAAGAUGAAGCUCAACCCGGCGGCCUUCUCGGCAAAGAUUGCGCAAUAUAUGAGCCCGAACCUGCCGAGGAACCGCCGCGACAAUAUGCGCACUACGAUCAUCUCGUCAAAGCAGCCCAGAACCUUCGUAAGUGGAUGGUUCGGGAGCAGAGGGAGCAUCGAGACAAGGCCAAAAAGCUCGCCGAGGCUUGUCAGGUAGUGUGGAGGUCUCGACAGCCCAAGUCCCACGAAGAGAUCGAAAGGGAAGCGCGGGAAAUGUGGAUAGGACGAUACAGAAAUGUCAUGAAAGCCAUGUUUGGCACGUGGGAGAAUGUGAGGAUCGAGGUCAACCGGCGGCGCCUGGAAGAAUGGGAGGCCGCGGAGCAAAGGCGCGUCAAGGCGGCGCUGCAGGAAGCUGUUUCUCGCUCAGAGCAGCAACUUCUCGCCCGACAAGCACAAUUCGACUCGGACAUAAGCGAUGAUGGGCUCCUAGACGAGGACGAUGAAAUCAUGGACUCGGACUCAGACGACAGCCGCACUUCGGACGAUGAUGAUGCAUCCGCGAAUGGGCCAAGUGACGAGGACAACAUGUCCUCGGAGGAGGAGGAUGACGACCGUAAGUCGGCUGCAUCGGAUGAGGGCUUGACGCAGGAGCAGCUCCGAGAGAAGUACGCAAACUUGCCCGACAUUGAAAAGGGAGAUCUACCAAAUGGCAGCCGAGACACAUCGAUGGCAGUAGCCCACGACGCCGACGAUGAAACAAGUGACGAGUCCGUCGACAUGGAUGACGACAUGGGCUCUUCUGAUGAGGACAGCACCGAGAGCGGCUCGGGUAACGAUGGGGAUGACAGUGAGGGUGAAGAUGAUCGGCCGGCUGGGCUCCUGGGUCUGUUCUUUGGCCAGAAAGAACUGAAGAAACUCGAGCAAGACCCAGUCGAGGAUGCGGAUGACGACGCCAAUCGAGACGAUCUGCAGGAAGCUGGCGCUGAGGGCGCCGGUUCACUCACCGAAGAGCAACCGGCGAAUGCGCCAACUGCAGACGACACGGCAAUGCUUGAGCUCAAUGGUACUUUGGAGGCAAACGCGACAUCCGACACGGACCAAAAGAUGAACGAGGCCCCCAAAGUACUUUCAUCUCCGUCCUCUGCUGAAAUCGCUAAGCCAGCAGCGCUGGAGGCAACAAACAACCUCCAGCCUCCGAAAGAGACUGUGCAGACGACUCCCGAGGUUGAUGCAAUAACCAACCCCGUCAGUCCCGAUCGAAGCCAGUCACCUCGCACGUCGGAUACCAAACCUUCUGAAAUCGACACCGCAACAUCUUUCGAGCGUAUGAGUGGGCCACUCGAAGCGAGCAGAAGCCGAUCUGGUUCCCCGCCACCCACGGCGCCACGGACAGAGGUACCAUUCCUCCUGCGUGGCACGCUCCGUGAGUAUCAACACUAUGGACUGGACUGGUUAUCUGGCCUCUAUGCAAACAAUACCAAUGGCAUUCUCGCCGAUGAAAUGGGCUUGGGAAAGACCAUCCAGACAAUUGCGCUGCUGGCACACCUAGCGUGCACCCAUGAAGUAUGGGGCCCGCACCUGGUGAUUGUGCCGACGAGUGUGAUGCUGAACUGGGAAAUGGAAUUCAAGAAAUGGUGCCCCGGCUUCAAAAUUCUGACUUAUUACGGAACUCAAGAAGAACGAAAGAGGAAGCGCCAAGGCUGGACCAAUGACGAUGUCUGGAACGUGUGCAUUACGUCUUAUCAGAUCGUCCUCCAGGACAAUCAGGUGUUCAGGCGCCGAAGGUGGCACUACAUGAUUCUGGACGAAGCUCACAACAUCAAGAAUUUCCGGUCACAGAGGUGGCAAACGCUGCUUGGCUUCAACACCCACUCACGUCUUCUGCUCACAGGAACGCCCCUGCAGAAUAACCUGACCGAGCUCUGGUCCCUUCUGUUCUUCUUGAUGCCCUCCGCGAACGGUGUUGGCGGCUUCGCGGACCUCAAGGAAUUUCAUGACUGGUUUGCGAGGCCAGAGUCCCAGAUCCUCGAACACGGCCGUGAACAGAUGGACGAGGAGGCUCGUGCCAUCAUCUCGAAACUCCAUAAGGUCCUCCGGCCAUACCUGCUGCGGCGGUUGAAGGCCGACGUGGAGAAGCAGAUGCCUGCCAAGAUUGAGCAUGUCGAGUUUUGCCGCCUGUCCAAACGACAAAGGGAACUCUAUGAUGGCUUUCUUGCCCGCUCUGAGACCCGAGACACACUGUCAUCUGGCAACUAUCUCUCUAUCAUCAACUGUCUAAUGCAGCUGCGCAAAGUCUGCAAUCAUCCAGACCUGUUUGUCGAUCGCCCUAUCAUGACGUCCUUCCGCAUGGAAAGGUCUGUUGCGGCCGACUACGAGGUGACUGAGUCCUUGGUGCGCAAGAAACUGCUAGCGGUAACGCCUAUGAGCACCGUCAGCCUUGGCUUCCUGAACCUCGUCCCGGCGCAACAUGAAGAGAUAUCCAACACGGUGGCAGAACGUGUGAAUCAGCUAAGUUCCCACAGGGCCCUCAUGGAUUUGCGUGAAACACAGCGGGUCAGGUCGCAGGCGUCACACCAUACUCUCGAUCCCUCUAGUGUGAAGUCAACGAUUGGAUUUCUGGACAGUGCUGCCCGUUGGGGUCGUUUCGAAGAACUACAGCACUGCGUCUACCUCAAUGCCUUGCGUAGACAACAGCGGCCUAUAUACGGGAAGAGACUGCGCGAGUUUCUCACAAUCGGCGCGGACAAGCGGCCGUACAAACCUCGACCAAGAGUCCCCAAAUUGGUCAUGAGUUGGUUUGAAGAGGACUCAUUCCUCCUGCGGACGAUGAUACCCACCCUAGACCAACGCGCGGAGUCUAUGGAACGCACCAUAUCGAAGUUUGCCUGCGUCACCCCCGCCGUAGUCACGAGGGACAUGGAGCCAUUUUUGCUCGGUUGGAAGGGCGUCCAGGAGUUCGGUGAAGCCGAUAUGCGAUUGUCAGCACCUGUUAGACGCCUACCCUUCAUCCCUCCUGAGCGGCCCAUAGACCCCUGGCAUGAGUCCCGCAUGCGCCUCUCGAUCCAAUUUCCCGACAAGCGACUCCUGCAAUACGACUGCGGCAAGCUACAAGCUCUCGACAAGCUCCUUCGCAAGCUCCAGGCUGGUGGCCAUCGCGCCUUGAUCUUUACUCAAAUGACCAAAGUCCUCGACAUCCUGGAACAAUUCCUCAAUAUCCAUGGCCACAAGUACCUCCGCCUGGACGGUUCUACAAAGGUCGAACAGCGCCAGAUCCUAUGCGACCGUUUCAAUGUUGACAACCGCAUUCUUUGCUUCAUCUUGUCGACACGAUCAGGCGGUCUAGGCCUUAACCUCACUGGAGCCGACACAGUCAUAUUCUACGACCAGGACUGGAACCCCGCCAUGGACAAGCAGUGCCAAGACAGAUGCCAUCGCAUCGGGCAGACGCGCGACGUGCACAUCUAUCGCCUUGUCAGCGAGCACACCAUUGAGGCCAACAUCUUGCGCAAGGCUAGCCAGAAGCAGAUGCUCGACGAUGUUGUGAUCCAGGAGGGCGCAUUCACGACAGAUUACUUCAACAACCGCCAAGGCGAGUUGUCGGUUCAAGAGGUUGCAGGCGGCUUGAUGGGCGAGCAUGACGCCGCUGCUAAUGCCGCGAUGGACCUUGUCUUGGGCGGCGUGGACAAGACUGACACGCGGACUGCCACGAAAGCACUCGAGCAAGCAGAGGACGCUGAGGAUGUAGUCGCAGCGAGGGCCGCCGAAAAAGAAAUUCAGCAGGAUGAUGCUGACUUCUCCGAGGCGAAGCCUGGCUCUGGAGCUGCGAGCACGCAGCAAGGCACCCCGCGGGAAGGAUCAGCUGCGCCGGGGCGGUCAGGUCUGGGACUAGUCGUCGAAUCUGCCGACACGCCCGUUGCCGAGGAGACCGAGCCCGAGUACAACGCUUUCGGCGAAAAGCUACACAAUAUAGAUGACUACAUGUUGGCGGCGAUGGCUAAGCAACUCGAGGGAACACCCCUAGAGUUGCCGAAGGAUAAGAAGAAGGGGAAGAAGAAAGGCCGGGAUACAAGGAGGCGCUAA